UCCAUUCAGGUCGGAGCUGUCUCUCUUACUCACUCCCUUCCUUUUCACUCUCGCCUGUUCCCCUUCCUUUCUCUUGACUUUCUCUCUCCCACUCCCACUCUCUCCCACAUCUGGAGGGUAUCUGGUGUGGGUAAGUGACUUCUCGCCUGCUAUGGGACAGCGCGUGUUGGGACGGGACGUCAGACUUCAGUGCGUUUCAGCAAACGUCUGUCGAAAAGUUGGUGAGGACUGAAGCUUCAGACUCAGCAGAGAGAAAAGGCAGAGAGCCUGCUGUCUUUUGUUGUCUGCCUGGAGAGCUCAACAGUGGACAUGGAUUUUCCCAAGCAUUCCAUCCUGCAGGCCUUGAGUGUGCUGCUCUUGGCCUGGGUGUUGGUGCGUUGCCAGGCCCCUCUCGAACCAGAGGAAGAGGAGGAGGAAGAGACAAACACCGCAACAAUAGGGACGAAAUCUGAGCCGAUCGAAUGUCCACCAGAGUGCAGCUGUACUGCAGAGGGGGCAGUGGACUGUGCUGGAGUUGACCUUAUAGAGUUCCCCGCCGAGCUGUCUGACAAAACCCGCCAGCUCUCUCUACAGAACAACAAAAUCGAGGAGAUAACAGUGGAGCACAUUUCCCAUCUGCAUCAGCUUGAGACUCUCAACCUUCAGAACAACUGGCUUACCUCAGAUGGCCUUGAUGAUGAAGGUUUUGAGAUGCUCGAACAGCUGGCUUAUUUAUACUUGGCAAACAACAAGCUCACCUCAGCACCGAAAGUCUUACCUCCCUCUUUGGUUAGUGCUGAUUUUGCUGCUAAUCAGCUUACAAGGAUCUACCCAUAUACAUUUGGCCAUAAACCAAAACUGAGGUCUGUGUAUCUCCAUAACAACAAGCUGACUGAUGCGGGGCUGCCUGAUCAUAUGUUUAAUGGUUCUGACAACCUGGAAAUCAUCACCAUGUCCAGCAACUUACUGCGUGUUGUCCCAAGGAAUCUGCCCUCCACCCUUUACCGCCUACAUCUUAAGAGUAACAAACUGGAGAAAAUUCCAGCAGGGGCCUUUGACAAACUGCCAAACCUCAGAGAGCUGUAUCUCCAGAACAACCACCUCAGCAAUGAAGGAAUGGACAAUGAGACUUUCAGCCAACUGAGUAGCCUGGAGUUUCUGGACUUGUCAAAUAACAACCUGACUGUCGUCCCCAAGGGUUUGCCUCGCAGUUUAGUGCUGCUACAUCUAGAGAAGAACUCCAUCCGCAGUAUCCCUGGAGACGCCCUUAUAUCUGUCAGAAACCUUGAAUACCUGCUCCUCCAUAAUAACAAGCUUCGAUCACGUUCCAUCCACCCGACUGCCUUCCAAGGCUUGAAGAAGCUGCACACUCUUCACAUGUACAACAACUUGCUGGAGCGAGUCCCUAGAGGCCUACCACGGCGGGCCAAGACCUUAAUGUUACUCCACAACUUAAUUUCUGAAAUUGGACGCAAUGACCUGGCCCUGCUGUAUACCCUGACAGAGCUCAACCUCAGCUACAACAAGCUGACAAGCCCCAGGCUGCACCGUGAAGCCUUCAGGAAGCUGCGUGUGCUGGAAACCCUGGAUCUGUCAGGGAACAGCCUUCACUCGAUGCCCCUGGGUCUUCCACGCAGCCUGCAGGUCCUCGAAAUCAAGAAUAACCAACUGAACUCCAUACUGGAUGGGGCACUGACAGGCAUGGAGAAGCUACGAAAGCUUGUCUUGAGUGACAACCAACUAAAACUGAAUUCGGUCUACCAAGGAGCCUGGAUGGAGCUCAGUGCACUUACAACGCUAGACCUGUCAGGAAACCAGCUGUCACACAUCCCCUCUGAUCUGCCCGAGUCUCUGGAAUACAUUUACUUGCAAAGUAACCGCAUCUCCAGCAUUCCUGCCUCAGCAUUUGAAGGCACCCCAAACAUCAAAGGCAUCUUCCUUCGAUUUAACCGUCUGUCUGUGGACUCUGUGGACGAGAGCUCCUUCGCACACCUGACCAACUUGCAAGUGCUGGACAUCAGCGCAGGAAACACCAACCUCCCCUUUAACCAAGAGAUGGGAAUGAUUGAAGAGGAGCAAGAAACAUAAGACACCCUCAGUGAAACUGACAGUGGACUGCACUGUGUCAAGGACAGAAAUAUUAAUGAGCCUGUGAAUGUCAUUUCCCAGGUCCAUUAUUGUAUUGUGCUGAGUUACAUAUUUCUGGUGCAGGAUACCGGAUGUUACUUUGAAGUUUCCAUUUUUUGGGCUGGUUAGUAUUACAUAUCUUUAUAUCUGAGCUAAUAUUUGUUUUUGACUGUUGACAUGCAACAUCUAUCAUCUAAUUGUUUUUUUGUGCUUGCAUUCAAAGACAUCAUCAGCCAAUAUGAAAAAAAUUUAAGCAGAAUGAAAAAGGGCAGACGUUUGUAGCUUUCUCUGCUUUAUGUCUGUCUUCCUGUCUCAAACACUGUGAAGCAGUUAUGUUAUAACACCAAUGGUGGCAAGAUAAGCAGUCUGACUCCCACUGAAACCAUCAAAGCCCCAGUAAUCUCAAAUUAUUGAAUGAAACACUGCACGAAGUAAUCUCAAUUCAGUUGCAUAAUAAAUUAACGAACAGCUUAUUUUUUCAAGUGGUCAAUCUACAAUGACAAAAGUUUAACACAAGCCUGAUUUUUCAAAUUGCUUAUUUCAUGGAAUCAACAAUUUACAAUGAGAAAUAAAUGAUGAAGAGCAAAACCUCACAUUUGAGAUGCUUAAAAUUUUACAGUCCUUGAAGUGUUCAUUAAAUCAGCAAAUUACAUACUACCUACAUUUUUACCAUUAGUCAUUCAUCAUAUUUGCAUUUAGUUACGUUGUGUUCACUUACUACAGAACACAAUAAAUGGUCAUGUUUUAGCCCACAAUUUUGUUGGAUGUGCUCCAAAAGACACACAGUGUCCCCUCAGAGCCUGGUCAAUAUAUCAUUCUCAUCAUACUCUUGGACUUGUGUUGUGUGAGUAUGUGGUUAGUAGUUUUAGCUGAUAGAUUAUUUAGACCAAUCACUUUCAAAUGAUAAACUGAAUUGAGAGUACUGUUACAGCAAUGCUCUCGCAUCAUUCAAAGGGUAAUGAAAAUUGGCAGAUAGACAGUCAAUGAGGUACUGGAAUGACAGCAGUAAUCUUGGAAAGCAGUACUAUACAUACAGAGAGGAUGAUUGUGGAUAUCAUUUGUGCUCGAAAUAUUGCAAACAUAAAAGCAAUUUCAACAGAAGCUUCAAUGCACACUGCUGCUGCUACUUCAGUCCAUUCCUGUUUUUAAAAAAAGAUAGCAAAUAUUUUUAUAUGACAUUAAAAAUACUCAUCCUAUUACACUCACUAUAUUGCUAUGAAUGCAGUGUCACUUUCACAUACAGCAGUAUAGUAUUGUUACAUAUACAGUCAUUGAACACAGCAAUAAAUUAUCUGAAAAGGC